AUCACACGACGCCACAAAUCGCAACUCCCAACCGAAACGAGAACAAGGACGCCGUGUAAAAACUCGCGCGCGCCCCAGGAAGGAGAGGAAGAGGGAGUAAUGUACCAGGCCAUCCCGUACAGCGCCGGCCGGCCGUGGCCGCGGCCCGCGCCGGCGAUGGGCGUCGAGGCCGCGGCGGCGGUGGCGGAGGAGGAGAGGCUGCUCGCGGCUGCACAGCAGCAGCAGCCGUCGGCGGGGGCGGAGGCGGCGGCGAGGGGGGAGGAGGUGCGACGGGCGGUGGCGGAGUGCCCCGUGCUCGUGGUGGGGAAGCGCGGGUGCUGCCUCAGCCACGUGGUGAAGCGGCUGCUGCAGGGUCUCGGGGUCAACCCCGCCGUGCACGAGGUCGCCGACGGCGCCGAGGCGAAGCUUAUUGCCGGGGUCGUCGACGGCGGCGGCGACGUUGCCCUCCCGGCCGUGUUCGUCGGGGGCAGGCUCCUCGGCGGCCUCGACCGGCUCAUGGCCGUGCACAUCUCCGGCGACCUCGUGCCCAUACUCAAGGACGCCGGCGCGCUGUGGCUCUGAUGAGAGGACCAAGGCGUUCGUAGUCUCGCUCCCCCGUCCAUCCUUCCUUGGCCUCUCCAUCGUCGUCAGCUCCCCUUGUCCAUGUUAUUUUUAACUUGUUAUUUUUACUCUAUUAAAUAGACCAGAUAGGCAUGCAUAUAGGACUUUUAACUCUUUCGGUAGAAACAGAAUAUUAGGUAGUUAGAACAAUGGAGUACGUGUGUUAAGCGAUUUACAGUAUAUAUUUAUCUUGGUUUCCCGUCAUGUGAAUAUGAAAGAGUGCUGAAAUUACCUGA